AUGAACAAAAACAAUGAGGCGGAGCUGCGGACGCGCAGCCAAUCAGGAGGGGCUGAGGCCACCGACGGGACGGUUUUAGCUCUGUAUCUGAGUUUUCAGCUAUGUUGUUGUUUUUCUCAGGUGGUGAUCGAAGGCGUCUCAGACAGACGCAGCACAGGACUCAUCGCUGUCGAUAACAUCCAGAUCGUGGACGUACUCAACAUUCAGGACUGCAGGAAUCCAGAAACUCCGACCACUCCUCCCACUGAUAUCUUCAUGCUGCCCGUGGACUCCCUCUCUCAGGAAACGGGGGACCUCGGCGGUCCGGGCAACAUGCUGAAGACCCUGGACCCCAUCCUCAUCACCAUCAUCGCCAUGUCGGCUCUGGGCGUCUUCCUGGGCGCCAUCUGCGGCGUGGUCCUGUACUGCGCCUGCUCGCAGGGCAGCAUGACGGACAGGAACUUAUCUGCCCUGGAGAACUAUAACUUCGAGCUGGUGGACGGCGUGAAGCUAAAGAAGGACAAGAUGAACGGACAGACGCACAACUACUCCGAGGCGUGAGCGUUUAAAAAUGAACAAAAACAAUGAGGCGGAGCUGCGGACGCGCAGCCAAUCAGGAGGGGCUGAGGCCACCGACGGGACGGCGAGCUGGUUUUAAUCCUCAGGAGCUGCGAUGGAAGGGACUGACCUGCAGGGGGCACUGUGUGUAAAAAAAUCUGUACAGCAACACAAAAAAAAAGAAGAAAAUUCUGAAUUUCUUUUCGUACUUUUUUUUUUUUGGACGUGCUUCGUUGAUUUCACGUAAUCACACGCUGGUGUUGAGACCAAUUCAGAUGAAAGUAUCGUUCGUGAACUUUUACGGAAAGAUUUUUUGUUUUUGUUUGUCGUCGUCGUUCAGUUUGUUGUUUUACAGAAACGAUGUGAAAUUUAAUGUUGGACUAAUUGUCCCGGCGGAUGAAAGAGUCACACUCAUGAACCUCUACAUCUAAGGUGUGUGUGUCUGUGCGUGCGUGUGUGUCUGUGUGUACUUGCUGCAGGCCCUGACCUGCUCCGACAGUGCCUUUUUUUUCUUGUUUUUCCGUUGCCUUGUUUGUUUCUGCUGGUUGUUCUCCCAUCGGGUGGCGUGACACCGCGGAGGAGGAACAACGUUCAAACUGUGAUCACAAACGUGCGUUUUUAUAUUUGUUUUGUUUUGUUUACUACCGCGGACCCUCACGCUUUGCCGACUGGGUUAUUUGUUUUGCAGGACUGAAGUAAACGAUGACAUUUCCCCUCAGAAGGAACCGGUGCAGGAGCCCUGGAUGCCUCGUUUUGACGGCACGUGACACAUCCAACGUAUUGUACAUACUGUAGGUUGUAAUAUAUUUGAGCCUUUUUCUAUAAAGGAAAGAAAAAAAUGACACCAGUGCUGCAGCAUCCUUUCAGGAAACAUGUUACCUUUUAACCUGCUGGAUAAAAGGAGGAAAACUCAGUGAAUUUAUUUCUAAACAGGGUAAACAAUCACUGAUCUCAAUCAUUUAUUCAAAAAAUCAAAGCUUCAUUUUUCUGUUUUCAUAUAGAAAAAUGAGAACGAACACAGUUUGGACAAAAAAAAACAUGAAUUAAUGUUUUCUGUUUGGUAAUUUUAGUGAAAUAUUAGAGCCAAAUUACAUUAAAUUAACUGUUUUUACCACCUUAAACAACCAAAAUUAAAAAAAACUAACAAAAAUGCUACAGCUAGCUGCUGCUGCUGCUGCUUCUGUAUGAAAACAACCAACAGUUAAGAUUUUAACUGCUCAAAGUUUCCACAGAAGUAAAUCAAGACAAAAUAUUACAACAGCUAGCCAAAGAGUUAGCAUUGCGAACUGCUAAUCAUGAAAAGAAAUUUACAGAAGCUAACACUAAACAGCUAAUUCUAACCUCUAAGACGACUGUCACUUUGUCUGCUUAACACGUUUGUCUCCUUCAAAGUUAGUGAAAAAGCUAAUCAGCUAAACAAAAAAWUUGUUCUAUUAUUAGCUGAUUAGUGGAACCUACUGGUUCUGAACAGUGGUGUGCUGUCAAGMGACCCGACCGCUCCAGUCAUCACUAGAAUUGGAAUCAGACCUGCAGAGCCCCCGCUUGAYCCCCAGCAGAGGAGGGAGCGUGACAGGAAGAGGCCACAGGAAGAAUCGAGGUGAAGGCCGAGAAGAGAAGAAAACGAAGCGGCAUCGGGAGCAAGAAUAAUUAUUGAAGUUAAUCAAUUUUAAUGCUGGCAAAGAAUACAUAUGUAACCUAAGUAAUGAUUAUGCUUAAUUGCUAACCAAAAAGUUAGCUUUGCUAACUCAUAAUUUGCUAACUAAAAGUGUAGCUUUAUUAACGCAAAACCACUAAUGCUAUGCUAAUGCUAAUUUGUUAGCACUAUGCUAAUGCUAAUUUGUUAGCUGAUUAGCAGGACCAUGACCACCACCAAUCAAUGGUUUAUGUGAGUAAAUAGGACGUUACAACUACGUUUUAUUUUUUUUUUUUUACUGUUAAACGUGUUUAUUUUUACAGUCCAAAGUGUAAAGCUGUUGCUUCCUUUCGACUUGAGUUUUAGCGACAUUUUCAAUCAAAGUUUUCUGACAAACGUUCACUUUUCCACGUCUCRGCCGCAGAAAUAAACAGACGAGUUGCUUUGCUCAUGAACCGAAGGAUGCCGCAGCACUCGACUCGUCCCGAAAACAAAUGUUGCACUGAUUAUAUUUAAAUUAAAAAAUGUGUUUAUGAUGUUGAUUUAUGAAAAGAGAAAGAAAAAGUGUUAUUGUUUUUGUUUUAACGUGGUUUUAAAGAAAAAAAACCAGGUUACAACUCUGAAAUGUACAAUUUACAGAGAUGUUUUUCAUUCUUGAAAAAUCUUAUAUAUUGGAGCGUAACGGUUUUAUUUACUUGGUAAAAUUAUUAUCACCUCGUGUUUUUAUUUUUUAUUUCGUACYGUCACUGAUGUACGUGCCAUUGUUAUAGGAUUUUAUUUGUAUGACGAGAAAAAAAGUUUUAUUUUCUGUACCGUUUCUGUAAUUUUGUUGUCUCGGAAAAAAAAAAGAAACAUUAAAAAAAAGGAAUUAAGGAAGUAAAAAGUAUUGGGAAUGGGAAGYAGUGAGGCCUUAUGUGACUAAAAGUAUUGUUUGUACUUUCAGAACCAGAACUUGUUUAUUUGUUGUCUCAGACGUUCAUCGCUGACUAUUACAUUCCAAAGACUUGGAUCAAAUAAAUGUUUUAAAUAA